AUGGCCAGAACCAAGCAAACCGCACGCAAGUCCACUGGAGGAAAGGCUCCUCGUAAGCAGCUCGCAACCAAGGCUGCCCGCAAGUCCGCUCCCACUGCCGGAGGUGUCAAGAAGCCACACAGAUACCGCCCUGGUACCGUCGCUCUUCGUGAGAUCCGCAAGUACCAGAAGUCUACCGAUCUUCUCAUCCGCAAGGCUCCUUUCCAACGUCUUGUCCGUGAGGUCGCGCAAGACUUCAAGUCCGACCUUCGAUUCCAAUCCACUGCCGUUCUUGCUUUGCAAGAGGCCGCUGAGGCUUACCUCGUUGGUCUUUUCGAGGAUACCAACUUGUGUGCCAUCCACGCCAAGCGUGUGACUAUCAUGCCUAAGGAUAUCCAAUUGGCUCGCCGUAUCCGCGGUGAACGUGCCUAG